UCUGGAGUGGGACAUUUAAUUUGGGAUAUUCCAACAUCCAACCUCGUCUGGAAUGCAGCAAUUAAAUAUACUAAAUUACACAAAUAUACUUUAUGUAUUUAAUCUCACUUUAUUAACCAAUGUCUUUGCUGCUGACGUUUGAUGAUCCAAUUCAACCAUACUUCAAGCAAAAAUGACUUUAGAUAAACAUCUCGUUUGUGUUUCUAUGGCAGUGGGAAAAUCUGCUCAGCCUGAGCCGCUGUCAUACAGUACGUCAGCUUGACCAGUUACUGACCUGUGUACAAGUUCCUGGUUACUGUUGCGUCUCUUGUGUAAUUAUGGCAUUGUGUGUGAACAUGAGCGUGUCAAAGCAUUCAGAAGAGAACACAAGACAAAUGUGUGCCAAUAUGCAGCUCACGGACAUUAAACAGAAGAGUAAAAGAAAAGUUGAGAAGAGGAAUCUGUGCUGUGCUUGGGAAUGUUCCGAUGCGGAUAGCGGAAUCACCGAUAAUGCAUUUCAUCAAUACCGGGAGGCUAAACAGAAGGUUAGGCACAAAUGCAGUUACUUGGAUGAGAAGAACUUCAUUUUGUCCCCUCAUUUAUUUGCUCAGCCCAGGUCGUGUGUAUCUGCAGCAAAUGAUGCAUCAUAUGGAGCAAACUCAAGAUGGAAAGCAUCACAAAUCACUCGUGUUCCUGCUAAGUCUGCCAACCUGGAUGUGAACAUUACCAGUGAGAGAUCAAGUGCACCAGACCUGAGCUGUGUACCCAUAAAUCCUAGUGAUUCAAAGACCCAGAGACAAAAUAUUAUCAGUGAGAACUCAAUGCAAGUACAUAUUGUAGAGGUGAGCAGGAUUCUGCCAAUGAUAGAGUGGAUUCCGGAAACAUCUCAUGAGCAAAUGACAGUGGAAAGCAAAGCCUGGAGGUGCACAGGAUUUGUCACGGCAAACCAUGAAACAAGGAGUCCUGAAGCUUUUUGGAAAGAGGCAUCUAGACAAAAACUCGAAUGGAGCCAUGAGCGCCUGGCUAAGGCGGCCCACCUUGGGUCAUCAUUGCCUGCCAAAGGCCUGCCAGCCGCAGCCAGACACAGGGUGGUGAUCCAAAGAGUAGCACGAAUAAGAGGUUACAGAGGGACUCGGAUGCAGGGCAGCCAUGGGGAACGGAAGCUCGAACCGUUACCGAAUCACAAAGACCUGCACAAUAUCUACAGUCUGUCAGCACUACAAAAUCAGUAUGAAUGUCUCUGUAGUCCUUUCCAACCACGGUUGAAACACAGUCCAGUGGGAGACCAGCGAGAUGCCGCACAGAACAUUGACAGGAAACAGGAAGGACAGCGGAGACAUUCGGUGUCAGUCGAGAUGCAGGAAGAACGCCGAAUCCCCUCCAACUCCGCACCAUGUCACUUUUUCUCAUAUUUUACAGGUUCUCCAGAGCAAACCAGGCAAUUUUUCAGAGUUCAGGGGCCAUAG